AUGGUUACACCAACAACCCACGGCAAUAAUAUACCAUGUAGCAUACCAGAUUCAGCUGUCGAAAUCCUUCUCGGGGAAAGCGUCUUGGGUUCUGGUUUAAAGGAAAGUGCUGUCUUGGUGGUAAAUAUCUCCAAUACUGGCAUGCAGCCAACACCAAACAGUGACUCGGACCUGUACAAAUUCGAUGUAUACGUUAUGAUGAUGCCAGAUGCAACAGAAGGUGAAACAUUUAGCUUGACUGUUGAUGUAAAUGACAUCGGUCCACAGACUGUUGAUUUUACCACAGGUCCACCUGCAAAUUACACAGAAGAUGCGGAUUACACUUUUACACUGGAGAGCGACUGUGUGUACAACGUGCAUCAUGCUGGCUCCACACUGGCUUUCAAAAUGAAAGUACAGACGGAGCGGUCAGUUACUGUAGGACCUAUGUCAAUAGAAGUACCGAUUCCUACAAAUGUCACGCAAUCUCAUUUGAAAUACAAGAGCGGUAAGGUGAUCUCGAAGGGCAAAAAUGUCGUCUGCUUGGCUUAUGGUAACCUGUCUGCGGAAUUGACAGAUUGGUGAGCAUUUUUCAAAUACCUGUUACAAAAAGCAGUAUUGUAAUUGCAUCUUAAAGUCAUGUAGUUGACAAUAUUCAUGAAUAAGAAUUGUUAGAAGGCUUUGUGUUUUGUGACUUUGAAAAAUCUUCUAAUACAUAAGGAAUAGAUCUAUAUACAGUCUUCAAAACUGGCGAAAUUAAAAAUGAAUUUAUUUAUUUAUUUAUUUGUUUAUUUAUAUUUUGGGGAUGGUGUUGGUUUUUGAAACAUUGAUUUUUUCGGAUAAUUUUCAGCUGAUGCUUAUUACUUUUUACGGGGAUAGUGUCUGGUAGGGUAAAACGUGAGCGGAAAUGGGAAGGACAAGGGGCGGGUUUCCGCAGACAUUUUGUUUGACAUAUCUUGCUAUUUCCAGAUUGCGGACGUAAAGGGCGGUCCAAGAUGGCGAUGGUGAACUUUUUAAUAAGUCUUCAAAAUGACAAUUUUUCCUCUUGAAUGCACAUCGAACACAAAACGCAGAAUAAACAAUAGCUUAAUAUUAAUAAUCAAUAUUAAUAAAAAAUCUUAUAUAUUACAAAAACAUUAAGAUAAAAGGUUUCGAUCGCGUGGAUUCAAAUGUUCACAUUUUCAAAUCUAAACGGUGGUUGAAAUUUUGAACAGCUCGCAAACUAGAGGAUCCAAGCUCUUUUACUAGAAGAAGAAGAGCUGUAACGGAAGAUAAUUAUGUAUCCCCCACUCCCAUUGUGAAGGGAGACAUAUUGCAUAUUGUUUUGCUGUGUUCAUCCGUCCGUCCGUCCGUCAGUCAGUCCGUCCGUCCAACUUCAUUUCCGAUCAAUAACUGGAGAACCAUCUGCCCUAGUAGAACCUUCAAUCUUUUCUAGUAGAUGAUCCCUAUUGUUUGUGGGGUCAUUCCAUUACAGGGGCCUGAACAUGAUAAACUGUUUCUGAUCAACAACGUAAAAACCACUUGAUUCAGAAAGUUGGAACUUCAUAGAAUGAUUGGACAUG